AUGGCAGCUAAUUACUACCGCGGUUACCUGCGGAGCCACAGCGACAUGGAGCACGGGCGAGCGCGCUUCCCUUCUGCCGCGAGCACGCACAGGCCACUCGUGCUUGGAGCCCUGGCUCUUAUGGGAUUGCUGCAGGUCGCAUCGACCGUCAUGAUUCUGCUGCAUUUGACCGGUUAUCUGCGCGAGGUGGACCUGUCUUCUGCACAGCCUGUUGAGGAGGUUCAUUCUGAGCCAAUCAUAGCCGAUGCACUCAGAGACACACAGACUAGGGAGAAGUGUAAGAGGCGGAAUGCGGCACCAGUAGCUCACCUUUCAGUUAAGACCCCCAUCGACUUCUCUAGCACUGAGCCUGCUGUGGUGACCACAGUCCACUGGGACCAAGACCGAAGCAUUCUGAUAAGGUUCAAGUACCACGAUGGCCGACUUGUAAUGGCAGAGCAAGGACUGUAUUACGUGUAUGCCAAGACCUGUUUCCGCUACGCAGCUGAUCACGCCUCCAAAAAACAGGACGUCAGCAACGCCCAACUGAUUCAGUACAUUUACCAUGAGAUACAUUCUCAGUCCAAGUUCAGACCAGUGCUUCUGUCAAAGAGUGGAGGCACCCUGCAAUGGAGCAACCGGAACUACAACAUGUACUGUGUGCAGCAGGGGCGAAGUGUGCGCUUGCAAAAAAGUGACGGCCUUUUCGUCAAUGUGUCCAACUCCUGGCUACUGGACCCGGAACCUGAGGGGACUUAUUUCGGUGCUUUUAAAAUGAGCAACUGAACUUUGUUUAUUUUGCUACUGAACUGGUCUCUGCACAUCCACAACCUUAUGAACAUUCUCAAAAUGGCAAAACCACUGAGCACUUCUAUUCUCCAUCACUGACUUGUAUUUUUGUUCAGCAUAGAUUAUUAUUGUACAUCAUUUAAAGGCACAUCAGACUUCACUUGUAACUGUUAAUUAUGGAAUCAAGGUUUUGACAAUCUAAUGUUAAUCUAAUGCAUUGCUAUUUUUAAUAUGGAUUUCAGAAUUCUGGAUUAAGGAUAUCUCAUUUGAUCAAAACUUUAAAGUUCCAAAGUUUAACACACAAAUUCAACCUUGGCUGUCAUAGUUUAUAUUCAGCUGCCAUUUGUGCAACAGACACACAUGAAAUCUUUGGAAGAGGUCGAGAAAAACCCAUCUGCUCAUUAGGACUCAUGAAGUGUGUUUGGGAAAGCAUGUCCACCUUACCUUUAAUCGUGAUCGAUUAAAUCCCAAGUAACCACCACGCUACCGAGGGUAUCGCGUUGUUGAUGGACCGGGGCUUCCAGACACCAGCGGCCCCGGAGGUCAUGGUCUGAGAGGCUCCUUAUGCCAGUCGUGACUGCACUGUGCUGCUCUAGUGCACGUGAGUCACCUGCCUGUGAAGAACAGUCACCCAGCAGGUCUUCAUGAGCCCAAUCAUUAUAGGUAGAGAAACCACAGCAAACGUACAUCUGUGUGUAAAGGACUGAGGACUCCUUAAAAAAAGAUUAUAUAUAUUAAAAAAUAAAAAUAUUUUUCUCACACACAUAUAUACUUUAAAUUCCCUGUUAGUUGCUGAUUGGGAUUUUAGUACAAAGUUUUAGUUAAAAAAAUCAAUAAAGAAGCAAACUAUCUGCAGACAUCUGUAGCUCACCAUUUGGCAUUUGAACAAAAUAUUCAUAGGAAGGGCAAUAAAAUCAAGAUAGCUGGACUGUCUUUAGGAGGGUUAGAGUGAUCGACAGGAGUACAUCGAACCAAACUGAGUUUGGUACACGCUAAUUUAAAAGUUUUUUUCAUUUUACUCCUUUUGGAGAAAAUGAGAAUAUGCACUAAAUGUAUUUAUUUAUUUUUAUUGAUGAAAGAGAUUGACAUUUGUAAAAUGUUCUGUCUUGUUGUAAACUUCUGUACAGUAUGUAUGCCUGCCUGUGCUCUGGUCAUCACAGAGCUUUGGGAUGACAGACAUUGACUGUUGGUCAGUUGUAGAAGCGCUUUUCUCUUUUUCCAUUGAGAAGCAUGGGGCUCCUCUAAAGCUUAUACCGAGUGGUUUCUCAUUAAAGAAACUCUGUAUUUAUGUAUCACUUAUUUGACAAUUCUGUGUGCAAUGCUCAUUUAAAGCAGAAUUUUUUGUUAAACAUACAGUUUUAAAUUUCAACCUUAAAUUGUAAUAAGUUUUCAUA